ACUAAAUCGCGGCUGGCUUAUGUGGCUGGCCUCGCCGCCACACAGCAGCGAACGGUUUUGUAGUGCAGCACAAUGCGUUAAUUGUUAUCUCAGCCCUUUCUCUAACUGAGCUUAACGGAACGGACACGGCGCACACGAUCGGGAGUGGAAAUUUGAAUGUUUGAUUCAACAACGAGAACAAUAUACGCCUUUCCACGCAUGCUAGCACGAUUUCAUCACAGUAGCAUGUUGUUUUUCCUACUACGCAAGCUUUGCGUGUGUGAGUGCGGCGCGUCAGCUGUUUGACGUUUUGUUUACAGUGCUCGGUGCAGGAGUGUAGCUGUGAGGGUUUGUGAGUGAGUGAGUGUGGAUGCGUGAACGUUUCAAAACAAAACAAAUUCUACGGCAGCGACCGAAUCGCUGCGCUCGGGGAUGUUUCUUCACCUACAAAUCUGAAACUAAAGACGAAAGCUAUUUCCUAUUAAAAGUAUCUCGCUGCUGAUUUAUUAGACUAGUGAUUUAGCACACAAAAACCGGUGAUUUAUCCAUGUGCGUUGUGUUUAAAGUGAGGUGCCCGCGUUACGCGAAACACCUGACUCACAAGGAAAAGAGCUAUUUAUGAGCUGUCCGGAGCAAGGUGCAAUACAUCCGCAGCUGAUAGAGGGAAACAAACAACAGAACACCGAGAGAAGAACAUCAAGUAGAAAACAAUCUAGUAAAUAAACCGCGUUACCUGGACCGGAACCCGGUGAGUCAUCGUUCCACAGGGCGAACCGAAUGGCCUGUACCAUUUGCACUAAAUCGUUUGGAUUUUUCAACAAAGAGCAUGGAUGUCCCGUGUGCAAGUUUUCGUUCUGUUCGGGAUGCCUCCGGUACAAGCUGGUGCGCGACGGCAAGAAGCUGAAUGUUUGUUUGCGCUGCUCGAAGCUAGCCGGCGAACCUCCGAAAAAGGAAACCACAAAACACGUGCCUCCUGUCACCGCAACUAAAGAAGGCGGCGAAUCGGGUCCCAAACAAAGCGAACCCCAAAUCCGUAGUCCCAUCGAACCACCGGAAAAUCCGACAGGAGAUGAGCUUAUACGCAGUAAGCUUGAGGCGCUCAAAGCAAACGAUCCCGAGGAUCAGCAAGAACCCGGAUCCGAUCCUCCACCAACGACGGGCGAUAAUUCGGACAUAGAAAGACGCCUGGCAGCACUCAAGGGUGUCGAGUACAGGGACUACAAAGAUGCAUCCCAACGGUUUAUGGCGCCGGACAAUCGUACCGCGGAACAGCAGGUGCAAGAUUUGCUCGGUCAGUUUGUGGAGGAAACGAAACUGAUCAACGUGAUGGACGAUAAGCGUGCCGAACAGGAUGAGGAGAUUGUGAAACGAUUAAAUGCGCUGAAAGAAUUCCCAACGGCUGGUGAAACGGUGGCACCGGGGAGCGGAGCAAGGUCCCCACGAACCACACUUACGGACAGUGAUUCCGAUGAGGGUUUAACGGAUGAAGAGCUAGCACGAAAGCUGGCCAAACGGUACGCCGAAGAGGGCAGACUGGAGGCUAAAUUGCACUUGGAUGAUGCAUUGGAGGAGGAACCAUCUGGACCAUCUGCUAGCGGUGACCUCGGGGAGGAAUUACCCUGGUGUACCAUCUGCAACGAGGACGCAGUGUUACGAUGCCGCGGUUGUGAUAACGAUCUGUAUUGUAGGGGCUGCUACAAGGAGUUCCACUACGAUGAAGACCCGAACGAGCAUCCAACGGUACCGUUCAAGGGUGGAGGAAAAGGAGUCAAAAACGGUUGACAUUGCAGCAAGGGUCAUGCCACUGAAUAAAGAAUUAUCCGGAAGUAGUCUUUCUAUGGGAAAGUUUAUUCCGAUACAUUGUACGAAGGGCUCCCCAGUUACAAAAAUUGGGGAAAAGAAGUAAAUUUUGUUUGAAUA